AUGGCUUCCUUCUUGCAGAGGCCCGUUCUUGCGGCCUCUGCCUUCGCAAUAGCCUCAGUUUCCGCAGACAAACUGAGCCCUUUCAUAUCUUUGGAACAAUCAAAUCCUCCUCUUCCUCCCCUAAAACAAACCGAUUUAGAUUUCUCAUGGGUCUCCCUAAUUUCCAAGUCCAAAUUGCCCCAAUUCUCUUUUGUACACAAUUUUCAUGUUCCCAUGCCCAAUUUAUUACCCACUCCAAUCCUCAACCCUAAUUCCAACCAUUCUUUCGUGUCCUCAUCAUCUCUCGUUUUGCUCAAUUCAUACCAAUCUGCCGAUUUGACAAAAUCCGCUAAACCGGCUGCCUAUCCAUACAUCAAACCUGCAUUGCCAUCGGACCUUCUCUACAAAUGGCACUUGCCGGAUCCUAGUACUGUUAGCGUUGGAAAGCCUAGUUGUUUGUCGGCUAAAUCGAGGACGGUAGUUGUUUUGGUGGGAUGGUUAGGGGCUAAACAGAAGCACCUGAAUCGAUAUGCUGCGUGGUAUACGUCAAGAGGGUUUCAUGUUAUUACAUUUACGUUUCCAAUGUGGGAGGUUAUUGGGUAUAAAGUGGGUGGAAAAGCUGAGAGGGAUGUUGAGCUGCUGGUGGACCAUCUUGCUGAGUGGUUGGAAGAGGAGCAUGGAAAGAAUUUGGUCUUUCAUACAUUUAGUAAUACGGGGUGGCUAACAUAUGGAGUCAUAUUGGAAAAGUUUCAAAAGAAGGAUUCUAGUUUGACGGACAGAAUUAGAGGCUGCAUCGUGGAUUCUGCUCCUGUUGAUAACCCUGAUCCACAGGUUUUUGCUUCUGGAUUUUCUGCUGCUUUUCUGAAGAAAAACAGUGUUGCAACAAAAGGUUCUGUUUUUGAACCGGAUGUAGAUGUGAAGGUUGGAGAAAGAACCUCUGUUGAACUUAGCCCUGCUUUAACUGAAGCAGCUCUGCUCGUCAUUUUGGAGAAGUUAUUUGGGGUGGUGUUGAAUCAGCCUUCGAUUAACCAGAGGCUUUGUGAUGUCCUGAGCGUGUUAAAAUCCAAACAGCCGAGGUGUCCACAGCUGUACAUUUAUAGCUCUGCUGACAGAGUUAUCCCGGCAGCGUAUGUUGAGUCGUUCAUAGAGAAUCAGAGAAAGAGCGGACGUGAGGUCAGAGCUUUGCCCAUUGGAGAUUCAGCCGGCCACCAAAUAUUGUCAUCCGCCGACGCCGACCGCCUCUCCACGCCGCCUAAUACCACCGUCGUAUCUCUCACUCGCCAUCUCUCCAUCUUCCUCCCUCGCACAAACGGCCAAUAUCCGCCACAAAUUUCGGCGUCCUCUCUACCUUCUCUCCCAGAGUCGAACACGUCCUCCACUCGCCACCACACAAUCGCAGCCCAUCGCCGGAGACUGCUGCGACCAAGCAAGAUCCGGCGAAACCAGCCCGUCGUCUGCUUCCUUCAGCCGGCUCCGACAUACAACCAACUCUGUCGUCCGCAGAAGGCAGUACCCACGAUUUCGCCGCCCGCCGCAGCCGUCGCCAUGCCCUCCGCCGUCACAUUUGCCGCCACUUCCAACACCAGCACCCCUCCACCACGACCAACCCACCACCACCAGCCACCGCCAACUAUCACAGUCACGUUGCCAGAUUUUCGGAUUUAG